CUGUCCCCCGCCGUUUGAAAACGCGAGUGGUCCACACAGCAAGCAACAGGAAGCCGCCCGCCCACCAUGUCGUCCGACGAAGAAGAUAUGCACUCGGAAGAGGAGGAAGACGAGGAGAACGUCGACCUCUCCGAGGAAGAGGAAGAAGAGGAAGAGGCGCCCUCGAAGAAGCGCAAGGGGAAGGCCGCCGACUCGAAGAAGAAGAAGGCCAAGAAGCCCAAGUACAUGAAGUUCAUCGACGACAUUGCCGACGAAGCGUCCGGCGACGAGAGCGAGGAAGAUGGCUACGACGAAGGCUACCCGGACGAGCGGCGCUUGGCUGAGCAGGAGGGCGAGGACCUCGGCGACGAGAGCCGCCACCAGUACCAGUCGCACCGCAACCGCGCUGCGUUCAACGAAGACAACCUCUCUGCCGAGGACUACAUUGAAGGCCUCAAGAAGCGCCACAAGCAGAGCCGUCGCACGAACGACGAUGGCGACGUUGAGUCGGAAGAGAUCAUGCAGUCGGCUGUGGCGCAGCAGUCGCUUCUGCCGUCGAUCCAGGACCCGCGCCUAUGGGUCUUCAAGUGCAAGCCGGGUCGCGAACAGCACUUGGUGCUCUCGCUCAUGAACAAGUUCCUCGAGUUUGAGAAGCGCGGCGAGUCGCUCAACAUCAAGUCGGUCAUUGCGUCCAACUCGAAAGGCUUCAUCUACGUCGAGUCGGACCGCGAGCCGUUUGCCAAGGAGGCUGUGAACGGUCUCCGCGACAUCCAGUCGUGGUCCAUGAAGCUCGUCCCCAUCCACGAAAUGACGUCAGUCCUGACGAUCCAGAAGAAGAAGACGCCGGUUGUCGCAGGCGUCUGGGCGCGCUUCAAGCGCGCAGGUCUCUACAAGGGUGAUCUGUGCAAAGUCAUUGAAAUCGUCGACAACGGCCUUCGCGCGAUCGUCAAGCAUGUGCCCCGUCUCGACUCGUCGGUCCUGAACGGCGGCGAGCCUACCAAGUUCAAGAAGGGCCAGCGCCCGGCGCUCAAGCUCUUUGCGCCUGGCGCGGUGCACUCGUCGGACGUGAGUCGCAAGCGCCACCCGCUCACGAACGAAAUGAUGGACGUGUACGACAAUGACUGGUUCAAGGACGGCUUUCUCUACAAGGAGGUCAAUAUCUCGACGAUGCUCAGCGUCGACGAGGUCAACCCGACGCUUGAAGAGAUCAACAAGUUUAGCGUCUCGGCGGACGGUGACUCGGACAACGAGUCGUCGCACGUCUCGAAGCUCGACCUCGGCGACGUCGACGCGUGGAAGAACAAGGUCGACCUCACCAAGGGUGACACGGUGCGCGUCAUCGAAGGCGACUUGAUCAACCUGAUGGGUGUUGUCGUGGGCACCAACUCGGGCAACGACACGGUCCGCGUCAUGCCGCUCCACGAAGAGAUCAAGGACACGAUCCUCGACUUUCAGCUCAAGCAGCUCAUGAAGAUCGUCAAGAUUGGUGCGCACAUCAAGGUCGUUUCGGGUCGCUACUCGGGCGAGACGGGUACCGUCGUGAGCAUCGACGAAUCCAUGGGCGCCCCCGUCGCCAUCAUCUUGGUCGACACGCAAGCCAAGGAAAUCCAAGUUCGCGUCCGCGACAUUCAAGAGUCGGCCGAAGUCUCGCAAGGUCUCGACUCUCUCAAGGGCAAGGAGCUCUACGACCUCGUGGCGCUGCCGCACGGCGAAGUCGGUGUGAUCACGCACGUCGGUCGCGACGGGUUUACGGUUCUGGGCCAGAACGGCCAGCCCAAGUCGAUUGCGGACCAAGAAAUCCAGCGCAAGCUCUUCUCGUCGCGCGUCUCGGCCCUCGACAAGAAGGGCAACCACAUUUCCGUGGGCGAGAUGGCGCAGGUCGUGGACGGGCCCUUUGCGGGGCAGACUGGCACGAUCAAGCACAUCUACCGCAGCUACAUCUUCUUGCACAACAACCGCGUGACGUCGAACGCUGGCAUCUUUUUGGUGCGCAACCGUCAGAUUGAAAUUGCCGGUGACAAGGUCAAGUCGUACGCGAUGGGUGCGUCGAGCUUUGGUGGGCCCAGUGGCGGCGGUCGCGGUGACAUGUUUGGUGGUCGUGGCGGUCGUGGUGGUCGUGGCGACUUUGGCGGUCGCGGCGGUCGCGGUGGCCGCGGCGGCAUGUCGUCGGAUCUUGUCGGCAAGACGGUCAAGAUCAAGCGUGGCCAAUGGAAGGGCUACAUUGGUAUGGUCGCCGACGAAACCGAAGGCACGGUCAAGGUUGAAAUCCACUGCAAGUCCAAGUGCGUUGAGAUCGAAAAGAAGUUUGUCAACGUGGCCGGUGAUCGCAUGGGCGUGCAUGUCGACGGCCGCCAGGGUGGUAUGUCGACGUCGUCCAACAGCUUUACGCCCAUGGUCUCGGCCACGCCGCUGCACCACGGCAUGACGCCGAUGGCUACGCCGCUGCACCAGCCGCGCACGCCGUCGCGGAGCUCGUACAGCUCGGGCGGUCGCACACCGCGCGACGCGUGGUCGACGCAAAACGACGACGCGCUCCUCGAGUCACACAUGCCGCACGAGAAGGACAUUACACACGCGUCGAGCUUUGGCACGCCGUUGGAGCCGGCUGUGUCGUCCGACUUGGGCGUUGCGCCCACGUACCGCCCGUCCUCGUAUGUGGCCACGCCGGGCAACAACAACAACGACAUGCACAGCGUAUCGACGCCGGGUAUGCUCAACCCGACGACGCCGGGGUUCCAGCAAGGACCGUACACGACGCCAGGUCUGGCGCCCACAACGCCGUUUGCGGCCACGCCGGGGCUGCCGCGCAACACGAUGGCGCAGACGCCGAUGCAAAUGCAGACGCCGUACCAGUCGCAGCACUCGUUUGGCCCUACGACGCCCGGUCUGCACAGCUCGAUGCACCCGACGACGCCGGGCCUGCACAUGCACCCGACGACGCCUGGCAUGGUGGGCUUUACGCCCAUGAACCCGACGACCCCCGGUAUCUUUGGUGGGCACAAGGGCACGCCGGCUGCCGUGACACCCCAUCACGGCGGCAUUGGCACGACGCCGGCGCCGAUGACACCCGCGGACCAGUUCCACUCGUACGACGGUGGGUACGGCCACGGCGGCAUGUCGAGCGGUGGCCACGAGAGUUCGUGGCUAAGCAAGGGCGUCGUUGUCGAAGUGGUGUCGCAGGGCGAGUACUACGAGGCCGAAGGCGUCAUCGUCUCGGUCUCGAACGACUCGUGUGUCUUGGACAUCCGCGGCAAGAACGUGACGUUCCACAUGGACAGUCUCAAGCACGUCAUUCCCGAGAAGCAGGACAACGUCAAGAUCUUGGUCGGUGACGAAGCGGGUAAGACCGGGUCGUUGAUCGGGACGGACCCGCCGGAUGGUAUCGUCAAGAUGGACGUGACGGCCGAAAUCAAUAUUUUCCCGCUGAGCCACCUGGCCAAGCUGGCGAUCUAGGUCAAGCGCUCAUACCGACAAGAAUGAUGAUGAUGAAUAUACCGUGUUUGCCUACCGCU